AUGCCCACAAACUACAACACCGGCUACUGGAACCCGGAAUGGGACCCCAUCGGCAAACCCGAACCCCGCGACACCACCUUCACCCUCACCGUCUAUACUCCCCCACGCCCACCCCCAAAGUACCUCCCCGCCUUCCUCACGCGCGAACCCCUCGACACAAAGCCUUUCCACGUCAUCCGCGCCAAGAGCCCGACACCAGACUACACACACUUUGAGCGCCGCGAUCUUUCCGACAUGCCAACCAAGAUUGUCAAAACCAAGGCGUAUCGGGUCCCUGCGGCGCUGCGAUGUAAGCAUCUGCGUGAGUCUACGGUGUGCAAUGAGGGGUGCUAUGUGUUGGAGAAGGGGGGAAAGGAGGUGAGGAGGUUCAGGUGUCUUCGGGAGGAGUGUGAGGGACAUGUGUAUUGUGGGAAUGUUAAGGAGGAUGACGAGGGGGUGAAGUGUUUUGGGAAGAAGGGAGAGAGGCUGGUGUGUAUUGAGGGGUUGCCUUGAUAUCGGAGUGAAGGGGUAAGCGUAUUCGCUGUACUUGGGCGUUCCCAUGCACCUAAACUACCCAUCACUAUUUCACCUCACCGUGUCACUUACUCUACGAAACCCUAUCAGCUCUUCAGUGAAAUUAACAUGCGCCAUCG